GUUGCACCUGCUUUGUGCCUCGACCCUGGGACCGUUUGUGCGAGGCCGCAGUUUCCAGCCGGCGGCCGUGGAGGAAGCGCAGGGCCGGCGGUUGCUAAGGGCCGGCGGGUUGCGGGGAAGGCGAGAACCAACAAAGGCCCGAAGGAGGACACGGCGGGGCGGGGGGCUCGGAGUCCGGCUGAAGGCGGCAGCGGCAGCGGCAGCGGCAGCUCGGUGUACAUCCGACGGAGGUCUCCUCACCGGCUGAAUUAUCUCUGUCUGCCACGGGUGAAGUGCCCGAAGAUUGGAUUUCAGUUUGAAGGACUGUUCCAGUGAUUACAGAUGGCUGUACCACAGCAGGCUGAGAGUUCUGGCCUCGAGGCACAGCAAACCCUCCUGGCCACAGUCAGUGGAAACGUACAGAAAUACGCAGUCAAGAAGAAGAAGAUUCUCAGUGCAGAAGAGCUAGAGUUGUAUGAGCUAACGCAAGCUGCUGGUAUUGUCAUGGACCAGGAAGUCUUUAAGAUAAUUGUGGAUUUGUUGAAGAUGAACGUGGCUCCAUUGGCAGUUUUCCAGAUGCUGAAAGCCAUGUGCGCAGGACACCGAAUUGCAGAGAUGUCUUCAACUGAGACGCCAUGCACAACAACACAGAGCAACCUUGCAGACACCAGAGAGCAUUCGUUUAUCUCCGCAAAGAACAGUAAAAUCCCAGCACUCUCCUUUUCCUCUGCCCUUCGAUCUCCGAGACUAGCCACUAAGAUUGUGGUCUACAACCCUGCUGAUGCUUGCUCACCUCUCUCUCAAGGUCCCCCUGGUUCCUUCCAGUUUUCUUGCUGCCUGUUCUCACCCUUCUCAGUGAGAAAUAAAUCCAACACUGCCAUCAGUGGAGCACAGACACAGAUGGAGCGAAGCACCAGCCGUGAAGGAUCCAGCCAGCGGGUGCCACGGCAGCCUAGUGCAACCAGAGUCCCCAAAGGCAGUGGUGCUGGGAAAACUACAGGAAGUGGCAGCAGCUCACAAACAACAUCCAGUCAGUAAUCUAAAGAGUGUUUACCAUCUGAUAUACAGCAUUGCUGGGCAGGCCAUGUUUAAAAUGGGGUCCAGAUCUGCUUUUUGGUUUGUUUCCCUCAUCUGUUGACUAUUUGGUAGCAAGUGAAGUCAACUGCCACUGGACUGGUGAGAUCCCUUUGAAUUUUUUAUGUUGGUGCAAGUUUGCAGGAAUAAACUUGGUUCUAUGACUGUCAUCUUUCUCACUGUAUGUGAGAUCCAGUAAUUCAGGAUUUUUCUUUCAUAUUUUAUAUCUUGCUGCAAAAACAUCAGUUAAGAGGUGCUGUUAGAAAUGAAAAAUGCUGGCCAAUAUUGAGGUAAGUAAAUUCCUAUGCAAGUUCACCAGAUGAAACUAGACAGAUAGGUAGAGAACAUAUUUUCUGCUUCACCCUGGACACUAGUACUUCUUUCCCUUAAGUGAAAAUUACAUUGAGGCAAGUAUUGUGGACUAUUUCAUAAUAAUAGGAGUGGCCCAUUCAGUUCUUAAAGCCUGCACUGCCACUCACUUAAAUGGAGGCUGCUUUGUAUGAAUAUCUACUUACCUUCAAUUUUAAAUGGAAAACAAUAGGCAGUGAGCACCAAAAUCAAUAUAGAAUCCUUACAAUGUGGAAGCAAGCCAUUCAGCCCAUUGAGUCCUCACUGAACCUCUUAAGAGCAUGCCUCUCAGACCCACCUUCCAACACUAUACCUGUAACCCUGUGUUUCCCAUGUCUAAUCCAGUUAGCCUGCACAUCUCUGGAUGUUGUGGGCAAUUUAGUAUUGCCAAUCCACCUAACUUGCACAUCAUUGGACUGUGGGAGGAAACCUGAGCACCUGGGGAAAAUCCAUGUGCCCAUGGAGAUAAUGUGCAGACUUCACACAGACAGGUGGAAUUGAACUUGUUUCCAGUUCUCUGAAUGCUUUGGACAAUUGCUGGUGUUCCUGGUCCUUUGUGCUGUGAAGCAGCAGUGCUAACCACUGAGCCGCAGUGCUGCCCCAUGUGCAAUUAGUUGCCAAGCUCUUGGGGGCUGAACAAUGAAUGACUAAAGCAGAAUCUUAAUUUCCUAUAACUAUCACUCUGUUAGCAUACAAAUUCACAAGUUUCACCAUGAGCAUAUAUUCUCUUUAAACUGAUGACCGCAACCCUACUGCAUCUCCCCUGCUACCAAUCAAAGGUUGAUCAUGACAUCCACAGAUUAGCAGAUCUCUAGCUACUUACAGUAACCUGUUGGUGUAUAGCUAAAACAGUGCUUAUGAUGUACAACAUAUUUUGUGUGCAUGUAUCUUUCAAAGGCGAUACACGCUCCAAAUAAACUACUUGUAUUGUUA